CAGCUGAAAUAAAGAGACCUGUACCCAGAUCUGGCGCCAGGAGCUCACUCCCCAAUCCCCAAGCCCCAAUCGCCCACUCCCCAAUCCCCACAAUGGUGUAGCUCUCGCGGUGGCGGACAGCCUUCUUCUCCGGCGCCGGCGACUCCAUUGGAAUGCCUAAUCCCAGAAGCAGUGGGGAUCAACUAGGCUGCUCAUCUGAGGUGUUUGUACGAAAUCAACAGUUAGAUUCAAAUGGGUUAUCGUUCAUAGAGCUUUUGAGCAGAAUCGAGCUUGAAACAAUCCCAGAACAUCAAGAGCCGUACCAUUCACCUCUCGAAGCAAGGGCAGGAGAGGAGCAAAAGGGAGGAUGGCAGGUCGCCGGUUCGCUGCGGAGUAAAUUCGAUGCUGGGCCCGCGUUGGACCCUACUACCAAUACCCCAUGAAUACUACUUUAGUUCGUAUGAAUACAGUGACAGGCGUUUCGGGAGAGCACCAAUCACAAAGGGUUUGGAUGGUGGAUCCGUGACCUACCGGUCACGGUGCCGCUAGAUUGGCAUUUUCAGGCUAGCUAGCCCACUGCUCUGAUAGUGCUACUAUAUCAUCUACAAAUCAUUGCCACCAGCUCCACAAAUCAUUGCGCCAUCCUCAUCUUCCCUCUAGCUAGGUGUCUGCCUGUCUCAACACGGAGAGAGACAGAGAGAUCUAUAGAGAGAGAGAGAGAGAGACGACUUCGUAGCUCCUGGGAAGACGAUGGAGCAGAGCACAGCGAAGAUGCCCAUCAGAUGCAAAGCGGCGGUGAGCAAGGUGGCCGGGGAGCCGCUGGAGAUGGAGGAGGUGGAGGUGGCGCCGCCGCGGGCGCACGAGGUGCGCAUCAGGAUCCUAUGCACCUCGCUCUGCCACACCGAUGUAACCUUCUGGCGCAUGAAGGAUCUCCCAGCAAUGUAUCCGUCAAUCCUGGGGCACGAAGCAACCGGUGUGGUAGAGAGCGUGGGGGAUGGGGUGGUAGAGGUGGCCGUCGGUGACACGGUGGUUCCCGUCUUCUCGGCGCAGUGCGGCGACUGCGCCGACUGCCUCUCGGACCGCAGCAACAUCUGCUCAGGGCUGCCCAUCCGCCCCGGCGGCAUGCCACGCGAUGGCACAUCCCGCUUCUCCUUCGCCUCCACCGGCGAGCCAAUCCACCACUUCAUCUCCGUCUCCAGCUUCAGCGAGUACACCGUCGUCGAUGUCGCGCAUCUCGUCAAGAUCGAGCCCGGCGGAAUCCCGCACGAGAUGGCCUGCCUGCUCAGCUGCUGCGUCUCCACGGGAGUUGGGGCGGCGUGGAAGGUGGCGGCGGUGGAGCCCGGGUCGAGCGUCGCCGUGUUCGGGCUAGGCGCCGUCGGGUUAGCGGUAACGCAGGGGUGCAGGAUGCGAGGAGCUAAGCGGAUCAUUGGCAUUGAUUUGAACCCGGAAAAAUUUGAGAUCGGCAAGAAGCUGGGGAUCACCGACUUCAUAGACCCAAACGGUACUGAUGGGAGGACAGUGAGCGAGGUCAUCAAGGAGAUGACCGGCGGCGGCGCCGACUACUGCUUCGAGUGCAUCGGCUCGACGCCGGUCAUGGCGGAAGCGUUCAAGAGCUCGCGAAAGGGCUGGGGGAAGACGAUCGUGCUCGGCGUCUCCAACGACGUGGCGCCGAUCAGCAUACCGUCGCAUGACAUCCUAAGAGGGCGAUCGGUCGUCGGCUCGCUCUUCGGCGGGCUCAAGCCCAAGACAGACAUCCCCGUCCUGGCACAGAUGUAUCUCGACAAGGAGCUGGAGCUGGAGGAGUUCGUGACGCACGAGAUGGGUUUCAACGAGAUCAACACGGCUUUGGAGCUGCUCACCCAGGGGAAGUGCCUCAGGUGCAUCAUCUGGAUGGACGGGGCCAGGGAGAAGGAGAACGUCGUCAAGGUCAAGCCAAAGGAAAAUGGCCGCGCCUGCGAGGCGGCGUGACUGACUGAUAUCGCUGUCCUGGCUGACACGGCGCCUCGAUCGCGAGUCCUGGCUAGCCACCAUGCAUAAUCGCUGUUCAUAUGUCCGUGCACCUCGUGGUGGAGCAAAAGGCUGAGCGGGACUUUUUCUUGUCGUCAACUACUCGACUUUUGUUGUUGAUUUAGACAUGAGGCGAAGUAAUUUAUUCAGCACAGAAGAUGACAUUUGAUCUGAUCGAUUAUGAUGCGUUUGUU